AUGGGGAUACAAGGAUUACUGCAAUUUAUCAAAGAAGCUUCUGAACCUAUCCACAUGAGGAAGUAUAAAGGGCAGGUAGUAGCUGUGGAUACAUACUGCUGGCUUCACAAAGGAGCUGUUGCUUGUGCUGAAAAACUAGCCAAAGGUGAACCUACCGAUAAGUAUGUAGGAUUUUGUAUGAAAUUUGUAAAUAUGUUACUAUCUCAUGGGAUCAAGCCUAUCCUGGUAUUUGAUGGAUGUACUUUACCUUCUAAAAAGGAAGUGGAGAGGUCUAGAAGAGAAAGAAGACAAGCCAAUCUUCUUAAGGGAAAGCAGCUUCUCCGUGAGGGGAAGGUCUCAGAAGCCAGAGAAUGUUUCACCCGUUCUAUCAAUAUCACACACGCUAUGGCCCACAACGUAAUUAAGGCUGCUCGGUCUCAGGGAGUAGAUUGUCUUGUGGCUCCAUAUGAAGCAGAUGCACAGUUGGCCUAUCUUAACAAGGCUGGUAUUGUACAAGCUGUAAUUACAGAAGACUCUGAUCUCCUCGCUUUUGGCUGUAAAAAGGUUAUUUUAAAAAUGGACCAGUUUGGAAAUGGACUAGAAGUUGAUCAGGCUCGGCUAGGAAUGUGCAAACAGCUUGGGGAUGUGUUCACAGAAGAGAAGUUCCGUUAUAUGUGCAUUCUUUCAGGCUGUGACUAUCUCUCAUCGCUGCGUGGGAUUGGAUUAGCCAAGGCCUGCAAAGUACUAAGACUAGCCAAUAAUCCAGAUAUUUUAAAGGUUAUCAAGAAAAUUGGACAUUAUCUCAAGAUGAAUAUAACAGUACCAGAAGAUUACAUCAAAGGCUUUAUUCGGGCCAAUAAUACCUUCCUCUAUCAGCUAGUUUUUGAUCCCAUCAAAAGGAAACUCAUCCCUUUGAAUGCCUAUGAAGAUGACAUUGAUCCUGAAACACUAAGCUAUGCUGGGCGAUAUGUUGAUGAUUCUAUAGCUCUUCAAAUAGCACUUGGAAAUAAAGAUAUAAAUACUUUCGAACAGAUUGAUGACUACAAUCCAGACACUGCUGUGCCUGCCCAAUCAAGAAGUCAUAGUUGGACUGACAAAACAUGUCAAAAGUCAUCUAAUAUUAAUAGUAUUUGGAAUAGGAACUAUUGCCCUAGACUUGAGCUGGACAUUGUUUCAGUUGCUACAAAGGUGAAGGAAAAUCCAAGUACUGUGGGCAUUGAACUAGUGAUUAGUACUAAAGGAUUAAAUCUUCCAAGGAAGUCAUCCAUUGCAAAAAGACCAAGAAGUGAAGAGCUAUCAGAAGAUGAUCUAUUUGGUCAGUAUUCUACUUCCUUUACAAAGAAGAUCAAGAAAAAUAGUUGUGAAGGUGAUAAAUUAUUGAACUCUUCUGAACGGUUUAUGCCUGACCUGGUAGAUGGAAAUACUAUUAAAAAAAGCUUAAGCAUACCACCUAGGACAAGAAACAAAUUUGCAACAUUUUUACAGAGAAAAAAUGAAGAAAGUGGUGCAGUUGUGGUUCCAGGAACCAGAAGCAGGUUUUUUUCCAGUUCUCUGGGUUCUGCUGACUGUAUAUCAAAGAAAGCAAGCAGCCAGUCUCUAGAUGAAACUGCUGUCACAGAUAAAGAAGCCAAUGUAAAUGAGUCAGAUUGUCUAGAUGGCAAGAAGUUGUUAGAUAUCAGUGUAGCACAUAAUUCAAGUGAGCAUAUUCCAGAUGAUGUGACUGUGAUUGCUGAAGAGUCUCAGUCUUUUAAGACCAGCAGAUUCACGAGGACCAUCUCACCACCCACCUCGGGUACACUAAGAAGUUGUUUCAGUUGGUCUGGAAGUCUUGGAGAGUUUUCAAGAACACCAAGCCCCUCUCCAAGCACAGCAUUGCAGCAGUUCCUUAGAAAGAGUGAUUCUCCCAUCUCUCUGCCUGAGAAUAAUGAGCCAUCUGAUGUAUCUCAGUUAAAGAGUGAUGAGUCAAGUGAUGAAUCUCAUCCCUUACAUGAAGUGGAUUGGUCUUCACAGUCUCAGGAAAGCAUGGACUUAUCACCACACAAUUUAAAUGCAUCAGAACUUUCUCAGCCUUCUAGUAAGGAUUUAGAUUCAGAGGAAUCUGAUUGCAAUUUUAAGUCACUUGAUAAUCAAGGUAAUCAGAAAUCCAAGCUAUACUUAUUUCAUUUUUCGAAAAAAGGCACGCUUCUAAGGAACAAGGUUCCUGGGCUGUAUAAAUCUAGUUCUGUGGACAGUCUUUCUACAACCAAGAUCAAACCUUUAGUACCUGCCAGAGUCAGUGGGCUGAGCAAGAAGCCAUCAAGCAUCCAUAAGAGAAAUCAUCAUAAUGCCGAGAACAAGCCAGGAUUGCAGAUAAAAAUCAAUGAACUCUGGAAAAAUUUUGGAUUUAAAAAAGAUUCUGAAAAGCUUCCUUCUUGUAAGAAGCCAGAUCCCCUGUCUCCAGUCAAAGAUAACAUCCAACUAACUCCAGAAGAAGAGGAUAUAUUUAACAAUUCUGACUGUAUGCGUGUUCAGAGAGCAAUAUUCCAAUAAACA